AUGCACACAGGUGUCUGCGUAACCACGACCACUUGCUCGUCCAAUGGAGGUACUACUAUUGACGGCGCAUGCCCCGCCGAUGCAGCCAAUGUCAAAUGCUGUACCAAGUCACCUUGUGGCAGCAGCGGCGGUAAUUGUCGCUGGACGAGUGAUUGCGCCGGCACAUCGGCUUCGAAUCAGUGCCCAGGCCCAAGUGCAUUCCAAUGCUGCUCUUCCUCAGCCAGCGGCUUCGGUGGCUACGGCGCUCCUUCAAUUCCAUCCGUUGGUGCUUGCAAACAGGUCGCCGUUGAUGGCGCAAAGGAGAUUGUUGCGGCGUUUCCGGGUAGGGUCCGGGAAGUAUUUUGUACUCGUGACUGUACUUGCCCCGGUACUUCGGACCAUUGCUGCGGUAAAGCAACGGAUAUGAUGUGUUCCGACGGCGGUGGCGUACCUACUGUUUCUGGCAAGGAGAUCGCAGAGUGGGUUAUGAACAACAGGAACGCUCUCAAUCUAAAAUAUGUGAUCUGGGGUCAGAGGAUUUGGAAUCCGUCUCAAGAUUCUGUGAAAUCUUGGUCGAGCUGGCGUUCCAUGGAAGAUCGAGGCGACUUUACCGCAAAUCAUUGGUAA